CUCGAAAAAGUGCUGGGCAGCAGCGGAAGCACACUGACUUGAACGUAAGCACAGCAAGGAGAUUUCAUUGUGCCGUAGGGUCGACUGCCUCAUGUCGACGGGACGAUUACCACUUUAUCCCUUGGUUACUUGUUUCCAUCUACCAAAUACCACUGGUGGAUUUCCCUCGUCCACCGUCCUGUUCGCCUUUUUUUCGUUGUAUAAAUCUUUCUGAAUGAGUAGUCGAAGACGAGAAGACCGUUCCGCGACAGCAGACGCUAAUUACAGAACUUGGCAGUCCUCCGAAAAAUAUCACACCGACACUGAAGCUGAACGCAGGCGACACCGCUCAUCCACGCUUCCCACUAACCCACAGGAGUCGAGGCAUUACCCCACCCAGUCUCAGGAUCCUCGCUACUACGACAGCAGGCAUUCCAGUCGUCCUCACCGGCAAGACCAGGCUCAUUACUACCCCCAGGCAUCCUAUCCUCAGCCUGCAGCCGGGCCGUCGACGGGUAGAGCUGGUGGUACGCACCAUGUAGCAAGACAGUACUCCACCUCUGCGGGGUAUCCAUAUCACCAAUCGUCGUCAUAUCACACCUCUGCGCCUUCGCAGCCACCUCCAGCACCACAAGGUACAACCGGAGCCCCAAUACCUUCCUCGUCGCGGAGAACUUACCAAGAAGCGCCAGACCCACGAGCUUACCCCCACGCCGCUGCGCCAGGUGUUCACCCCUCCUACGACAAGGGUUCCAGUGCCGCGGAAGCUCCGAGGUCUGCUAAGCAACGCGCAACGCACUCGUCGACACAACCUGGUUCAGCACACCCUAGUCACGUCAUUUGGGUUCCUCCUCAACAAGAGAUGAGUUCCACCAGGCGCCACAAGGAAGACGACAAGGUCCAUGAGAGGAGUCGGGACCGGGACCGAGAGCGCGAGCGCGAGCGAGGGAAAGCGAGAGAGACAGAGCGCACACCUGCAGAGAUGGAAAAAGAACGUUACCUUUCGAGGGCAGAACGACACAGGGAGCGUGACCGUCCCGUCGAACCUGAGAGGUACAAGGACUAUAGGGAGCCAAGCAGGAGCAGACAUCGCAGAGAGUCCGACUCAGAGGGUGUUGCUCAUGCAGAUCGUUUAAAUGGGCAUCGACGGCAUCGAACCGAUGACAGCAUCGUCCCUCCAAGUGCUUCUCGGCGACAGUUUGCUGAAGAUCCCCGUGUGUCCUCUACUCGUCAACAUGCUGAACCGGCGCAGAACCCGAUCAAUGGUGCGCAGGCACACCUCACAGCCGAUCCUCAGGCAGAUGGUGUAAAUUCAGCUCAGCGUGGUGAGCAACAGUCAUCCAAUGCUCCACCAGCACCUCGCGUAAUGCCCGUGUAUCUUCCAACCAAAGCCUCAAAGCCACAUCGUUCGCAUCAUGACAAACGCUUAUCGGUUGCUGCUCAACCCCAGGGUGCUCACUCUGGGAGCGAUUCGGAGAGGCCAUCUGGCAAACAACGCAUGGAACGGGCCCACGCAGGGGCUGCCGUACAGAGAAACGAUGGAUACUUGUCCAGUACCACGAGAGAAAAAGGUGGACGUGACGCACAGCUAGACCCAAGAGAGGAUGACAAGGGGGGCAAAUAUGGAUCACAGAAUGCUCGCCAGCCGCGGACCCAAGUCACUUCGCACAACGUGCAGUCUCUCCCGUCGGAUGCCCGCCAAGGGCCUUCAGUACCACAAUUUGUUAGUAUCCGUGCGGGACAGGGCCCUUCUGACCCGCAAGCGAAACAACUCGUUUUUACGCAACGUCCCCCGCUAUCGUUAAGCCACCUGCACAAACUGGAGCUCAUUCUUACGAAGUCCCGCGUUCUCAUGCAGACCAAUUCGCUGCCCCACGUCCUCGUGUUGAACCUUAUGGAGUGGAGCCAUCUGGAAGCGCUUACGCCUCUGGUCGUGAGGCUAAUCAAGUUGCGGCUACCUCGUUGUCACGUACAGCUUCGCAACAAGCCCGUGCCCACCCUGAAACCGGCGUGGAGAACGCAAUCUCUUCUGCCCAUGCUUCCUCCUAUCCCGUGAGACCACCCUCGCGUUCGGCUCAGAAGAUUCCGAGUGCUCAUAACACCCCACUUAUUGGAGGACCACGACCCCUCCGUACGAACUCUCAAGGUCCGCACACGAUAGAC